CUUACACGGGCGAAGGAACCGCGUGACUUGCGCUUAGUUCCGUUUUUUGGUUUCUCCUUUGCUGUAGCUGAACUUUGUCUUAAGACAGAAAACAUUUUUUUAUUUUUUUAUUGUUUUUAAUAAAACGGGUGUUCGUGACAGCUACACGUAUCUUUGAACAGUAGGUCGCAAUGUCUGCGGGGUGUUCUGUCUUAGGACGCGGCAAAAUCUUUUUUUUUUCCAUUCGUUUGUUCGAUUGUUAGUUAGCCCGUUAGCUGGUGGGUUUACAUGGUUCUGUUGUUCGUGCACGCGGUGUAAACAUUUGAGGGGAGACCAACCUAAAUAGGUGUCUUCGUAAAAGGUUUGUCAAACGUCCAUUUGGCUGCAUUAGGACGGAGGUUCUGAGCACAUUGUCCAGUAGAAUCAUCUGAAAAAAGAUGAGACAGAGCUGAGAUGGAGAGACGUUCUGGGAGGUGGGCUCUCUCUGCCUGAAGGACCCACCUCCAUGAGCGAUGAACACCGUCAUGUGGAUGCUGCCAUGGCUGCUGCACUUCACUCAAACGGCUGUAGGUGAACUGCCUCCACCUGCUGGCCUGUCCUUGAAGUCCAGCAGCUUCAGUCAUGUGUUGAGUUGGCAGCCUGGACCAGGAACACCAGCCGGAGUGUACUACAGUGUCAGCAUUAUGACAGAGAGAGGAGCUUCCUGGUCCCCUGUUGCUGGUUGUGAACACGUCCAGCGCCCCCUGGUUUGUUCCCUCACAGAAGCCAUUCAAAGCCACAGAGAACGCCACUUUGUCCAGGUUGAAGCCAAGCUGGCAGGACAGACCUCCAAGCCAGCGACCUCUGACUUGACCCCGUUCCCCAUCAAUAAUUUGGACCUACCUAAGUUGACCGUCACCACCUGCGAUGCGGACCUGUGUGUGGACCUCCACCCUCCUGUUGAAGACCAGAGGCAGCACUAUGAUCGGCUUCACUACAAGCUGAAAAUUGAAAACAGCAGAGUGCACACAGCCACGGUCAGGGACGUCCACUCUCUGGCCCCCCAGGUCCUGAAAGGUCUGGCCCCCGGCCGACAGUACUGCGUCUCCGUCUGCAUCUAUGACAUCCUGGUUAAUCAGGAGUCUGACUACAGCCGCCCCGUGUGUGUCAUCACCCCGGACAUUCACACUAAACACCUGUGGUUGUUACCAGUGUCCUUCCUCUUGGUUUUCCUCCUCGUUCUUUUGAUGGUUCUGGUCAAAACUGGUUACAUCUGCCUGAGGAGGAUGCCCCCUGUGGUGUUGUCGUCCAUCUGUCACGUGGAGUUUCUGGUCCUCUCUCCCAGGAGCUCGUCCCUGGUGCCCCUGGUUAUCCUCAAACCAUUGUCGCCUUCUCCCAGUGACCAAGUCAGAAAGUGCUCAUCAGAUGACAGCGACAGCGAGAGUGAGAGUGAGGCAGAAAGUCUGAGCGGGAGCAGGAGUUACAAAGAGGGUCUGUUGUCCUGGUCUGUGGCAGGACCACAGUCCACCUUCUCCUCCAACCAGAGCCCACAGUCAGAGCAGACACAGCCCACCGCUGAAGUCCAGCCCACUGUGACAACACACCCGGGCCUGGACUUCAUGGACACACACAGUAGUAACGUAGACCUGCUGACCCUGACCUGCGGCCAUCAUCAAUACCACGAGGAGGAGGAGCAGGAGGACCUUCAUCUACAGCUGACCAACCACCGGGCGAUGUCUGGAUGUUCUACAAACUCCAUUUCAUCUCAAGAGCCAGAAAUGUGGGAUGUUGGUCAGAAAACAGUUUUCUUCUCUGACACUGAGGAGGUAAGAGAGGAGGAAGAGGAAGAGGAGGAAGAAGAGGAGGAGGAGGGACAGGAGAGUUCUGGGUAUCUGGGACGUGUACUUCCAGAUCCAUCAAAACAUUUUAAAUCCUAACAUUUCAACAUUUAUUUUUCAUCUUCACAGUCUUACAUGGUGACUGAACAGACUGGACUGUGGUUGAAAUGUCUGUCAAAUAUAUCUGGACACUGUCUCACUGUUGAUUCAGCCCACGGUCAGCAGAGGUGUUGGAGACUACUUUAUUAUGUCACCAACAUACAGCCGUGUGACACCAGGAUCCAAUCACUGCUCGCUUCAGUUGGCAACUUCAUCCGUCCCACGUGGGAGUGUUUGUUCCUUAGACACAAAUCAGGAUUCAUCAUUUUAGUUUGUACUUGACCUACAUGAUGGGAUAUGUCACAAUAUAUGCAUAAAUGUAGUCUGUCUAUUGUCUGUCAAUUAUAUUGUUUAUAUUUUUUGUCUGUUGUAUUGUGUAUAUUUUACUAUAUUGCCCCAUGACCGCUACUCAAAUCGCACUGUAUCUGGGCCAAAGCGCCACGUUAUCAAAAUCAAAUUUUGUUAAAUUUCAGUCAUUCAAUCCUUUGUCAAAAUGCACUUUGAUGUGAUUUGUUAAAACAAAAUCAAUAAAUACAUCAGAAUCAGAUUU